GAUGGGUCACAAAUCAAACGCACCCUUCCUCACGUUGCAGUGAAAUCCGCCGCUGUGUCACUUCGCUCAAACCCACCCGCUUCUAAGUUCAUGAAAUCAGGGACGAGGUGAUCUGCAGUGUCGCCAAAAUGUCUGGAAGUGCGGGAGAAUGGUGCCUGAUGGAGAGCGACCCCGGCGUCUUCACGGAGCUCAUAAAAGGUUUCGGCUGCAAAGGGGCACAGGUGGAGGAGAUCUGGAGCAUGGAGCCGGAGAACUUUGAGAAUCUAAAACCCGUGCACGGACUCAUCUUCCUGUUUAAGUGGCAGGCCGGAGAGGAGCCCGCCGGAUCCAUCGUCCAGGACUCACGACUUGACAGCAUCUUCUUCGCAAAACAAGUGAUAAACAACGCGUGUGCGACCCAGGCCAUCGUCAGUGUGCUGCUCAACUGCACCCACCCCGACAUCGAGCUCGGAGACACGCUGUCCGAGUUCAGGGAGUUCUCUCAGAGCUUCGACGCCGCUAUGAAAGGUUUGGCUCUGAGCAACUCUGAAGUCAUCCGGCAGGUGCACAACGGCUUUGCCAGGCAGCAGAUGUUCGAGUUUGAUGCCAAGUCUACGUCUAAAGAUGAAGAUGCGUUCCACUUUGUGAGUUACGUCCCUGUGAACGGGCGCCUGUACGAGCUGGACGGGCUCCGGGAGGGGCCCAUAGACCUGGGUGUUUGUAAUCAGGACAACUGGAUCAGCGCCGUGCACCCGGUCAUCGAGAAGAGGAUACAGAAGUACAGCGAAGGAGAGAUCCGCUUUAACCUCAUGGCCAUCGUGUCGGACAGAAAAAUGAUCUACGAACGCAAAAUCACAGAGCUGCAGACACAACUCACAGAGGACGAGCCCAUGGACACAGACCAGAGCAGCUCGUUCGUCAGCUCAGAAAUCGCCAAAUACCAACUUCUCAUCGAGGCCGAGAACCAGAAACUACAGAGAUAUAAGAUUGAAAACAUCCGACGGAAACACAACUACCUUCCGUUCAUCAUGGAGCUGUUGAAGACGUUGGCAGAGUACCAGCAGCUCAUGCCGUUGGUAGAGAAGGCAAAAGAGAAACAAAGCGCCAAAAAAGCACAAGAGGCCAAAUGAAGUUCAAUGUUUAAACCAUCAACAUCACCACCCCGACGUGUCCAGACCAGUCCUACACCCACGUCCCACAGAAGAGAGCUGCUUCUACUAGCUCCGUGUUAGUCCCCAAAAUGUACCACAACACAAAAGGACAUGCAACUCGUGGAGCUCGGACGUUUUAUUUUCUUUGUUCAACUUGUAAACUACAAAAUGUAAAGUGUGUAAUUGCUGUUUAAGUCCCUGUACCUGAUUUUCAGUCUCAAAAAUGUGAAAAACAGAACUCAGUCCAUUUUAAACAGUUUGCAGUGAUCCAAAGUUAGUCCUCGUUUAUCUUUUGCAUUCAGAGCAUCAUAGUUACCGUAUUUUUUGGAGUAUAAGUCGCACCAGCCCAAAAAUUGCGUAAUGAAGAAGUAAAAAAACAUAAGUCGCACUUUUGGGGGGAGAUUUAGUUAUAAAAUCAGAGACCAGGAACCGACAUUUGAUCUUAAAAGUCAAGUUCUAGUAAAAACAACAGACUGUUAACGUCACAUAUGAACAGUUCUUCAGAUAAAUAUAACAAACAACAGAACAAACUCUCCAUCUCACUCCAAAUCACUAAAUCCAUUCAAUUCUUCAUCCUCGGUGUCACUUCUGAGCAACUCCUUGACCUCCGGAGGUAAACGGAGCGCCGCUUCCUCUUCAGCAUCAGUUCCAGUUAGAAUUAUUCCGGCCUUUCUGAAUCCCGACAGGAUGGUUUCGGUGUCUUUCGGAUUUUUUAAGGGAAGUGAAAUACAGCGACAGUCCUUUUGCAAAUGUUGCGCAUGCGUGACACCACCUUCCUCCUCCGCAGCUCCCUCAGGAGAAACACCUCCUCCUGCCUCUUUAUUCUAGAAAUCACGUUUGUUUACAUCCAGUGCGCUUUCAGAAUUACUGUUGAAGUGACCUGUCUAGAAAUAUUUUAGCGACCGACGCGUCAAGUUUUUAGACCCUUCGUCUGCUUCAGUCGCGCCGUCGCUGGAAGGAAAUCUCCAAGAAUCACCUCAGUUUGUCUUUGUCCCUUUUCCCCUUCUCUUCUCCUUUCAGCGACCUCAAAAACGGACUUUCUUUUGCGGCGAACCGGUCGUGGAUUCUCGUCCGCGAUCGCAACAAACUUCGUGCGAAUUGCGAGGAAGCAGCAGUUUGAAAAACCCUCUAAGAACCGCUUACCAGGUUUUGUCCAUACAUCUAGUGACUUCCAGGAAAGUUUCAUGGUGCAUCCUCCCAGUGUCACAAGUUUCUCGGUCACUCCAAACUUUCUUUCUGCUGCUCGAUUACCGUUUUCAUCUGAAGAUUUCACUAUUUGCAGUUUGUAAUCUGCAAAAUAUAACUUUCUUUUUGAGGACAUUUGUGUUCAGUCUUCUCUGUCGUCUUUAUAAGUUUGUUUAAAUUGUUCAAUGUUACAGAAAUGAUGGUGCGAUCGACUGAUACGAUACAGACAGGACAGAGGCUCUUUCUGCAGGAGACAUGCGCAGCAGAGCCAAGUGACACACAAGACUAGAGCCUCUCGCCGCUUCAGUGUGAAAAUUAUAAACGUAUAAGUCGCAGGAAACGCCCAAAUCAUGAAAAAAAAGCAACUUAUAGUCUGAAAAAUACGGUGUUCACUGUGAUGACUUCAUAAGCGCUUUUCACAACUUUUUGCUCGGACAAUAAAACGUACACGGUGGUUUUAUUUUGACCCCGAGAGCUGCUUUUACGAUAUAUCUGACACAUUUUGCUUAAAUACACGGGGGAAAAUCUGGUACAGGACAUUUUAAACCUUAUCGAAAUGCUUGUAUUCAACUUUGAAACAUAAAAUCUGCAAACAUGUUUACGUUAUUGUCCAUAUUAUCCCAGCUACGAUCGCGUGAAUUCUGUCCGACGGAUAAUUUGGCGUUUAAUGUAUUUCGUAGGAAAAGACGCUUGAUGCACUUGAAAUCUGACUAAUGAACUGAUGUCUUGUUUAAAUCGUGUUUUUUGUGUCUGUAAUCUGUCAUGAUCGGUUCGUCUCGCUCUUAGCCCACCUCGUGAUGUCAUCGGGUGGGCAAACAGAAGCGCUCCUCCAUGUUUUCGAAGCCCACGCAACCAUCAAAGUUAAUCUGACGUUUCUCAUCGCUGAAUUGUUGGAAUAUGUGAUUUAAGCUGCAUUAUGAGACCAGUAUUUUUUGUUUUAACGUGUACAGCGCAAAAAAAUGUAUCUAUAGGAGUUAAUUAUCGAGUUUAAUUCAGUUAUUUAAGUAAUUUUUACCAGUUUUUUGGACUGGUUUCAAUGCAUUUCAUUUUCAAGCAGUAUUAGCCAUAGAUUUUUUUUUUUUUUUCUUUUAGACAUUUUAUUUUGUGAAACUUCUACCCUGAUAGGAUUUUUUUUCUGGAAAAUAAAAUGAUAAAAAUGGGAGAAUAAAUCAAACCAGUCAAAACACGUUUGAACUCAAAUCCAAAAAUCUAAAGUAUUUAAAGGGCCAGGACCUAAUUUCGAAACAUGAGUGAGGAACGUGUUUUAGUUUGAACUUUUAGAAGAAGUUCAGACUGCAAGAGUUAAUGCUCAGUGUGGAUUUUUUGGGGGGAAAUCAGAUUUUUUUUUUUUUUUUGCGAGUUGUGCGCAUUUCCAAUUAAAUGUGUCUUGUUUAUGAUCUCCAGUGUGAACUUUAAACGCCCCAAAUGUGUCCCGAAGCGAGCGUGCUCAGGGUUUACGGAAGUCGCCUAAACUCUGAGCUUGUCUCCCAAAAUCCGGUCCAGUUCUUCGUAAAAUGGACGGGUUAUAAGUCCAUGGCCUCUUCGUUUAUUUGAGUCUUUAUCCUCCUUGUAUUUGGGUCGCAGGAUCCUCAUUUUUCGUUGACGUUGGAGUCAGGACCGUCUGUAACCGCGCUCGGACAUUUCUUUGGCAAUCAUAAAAAAAAACUAAAAAAAAAAACGCCCGGUUCCAAUGAGACUCCUCCAAUUUGACCUAAAUACCGCGAUCUCCCCAAAUAUUAAUAAACUCUCUAACCUCGCUUUCCUUCCAUUGACGAGACUCCGAGCCUGACGUGAAGGUGACCUGACCGUUCAGACAGAAGUCGCACGUCAAAAGAUCGGAUAUGUAUCGGUUUUUAGGAGCACGUAUCCAAGUGACCUGAAAAAAUCGGAUCUGUGUCAUUAAAAGAUCAGAUACAGGAGCAUAGCGGCGAAAAAAAAUCGGAUUUGGGUCACUUCAGGCUGCAGUCUGAACGUCGCCUUCGUCAGUUGGCUUUAAUUCACGUUUACGUCACAAAUCAGAAAGACGUUCGGAAACAUGCGAUGACAAGUUCCGGUGUUGUUCCCGCCGCUGGACUCGCCGACCGAUCGUAAUCAAACCCACUGAAGUAAAUGUGAUCGGCGUUAAAAUGAAGACUGUAGACGUACGUGCUUUUUUGGAAUCAUCUUGAAUUUGGCGCCUCGUCGCUUCUACCCAGUGCGCUCGGAGUUGUUCGUCAGUGGGGAAAUGAUGAAAACUGAGGUAUGGUUGGAAUCAUUGAUCAGCCGAACAUAACGGAACGCAACAAUGACACGGAGAUGAAGAAAACUUUUUCAUUUCUCCUAGGUUUUGUCAGACUUACUACAGCGAACAGAAAUUGCCGGAAGUUGGCAUCGCAUCUUUCCAAACGUUUUCCUGGUUUGUGACAUAAGCACGAAUAGAUUCUGUCAUUUCCUUUUACCUCUCACUUCUCUACUUAGUAUUUAUAACUUGAAAAUGCACCACGACAGAGAAUAAAGUGUCUAGGUUAAGGUUGGGGAGUCAGUUUAUUAUAAUUCUUAGUUAUAACUCACCUGAUUGGACAAUAAAAUAAACCAGACGUCUCUGUUUACUUGGAACAGUCCCAGUUUUGUCCCGUGUCCCAACGGAUUUAUCAAAAAAUAAAACUGAUUUAUCCCAGUUUUAUUCCAGAAAUGUCCAAAUCUGAUCCUUGCCGACAGUAAAAAGAAGCAUAAGUUGUAAUUUUUGUCGGUAAAAUACACAAAAUCUGCUUAAAAAACGACCAAAACUCAAAGAAAAUGUGACCACUAACACAUGAAUGGCCCUACAUUUUUCCUUAAUUACGCACUCGCUUCACAGUGUCACAGUUUUUUAUUUUGAAAAUCUGGUCACCCUCAAUCUGCAGCUUCUGUUUUAGUUAUUACAAGAGGAAAUGUGUCAAAUGAGUAGAUUUUUUCUUCUUCAACAGCUUUUAUCAUGAGCAUAUCUUGACGAGAAUGAGUUAAAAUCACGUACAGGCCUUUUAAGUCCAUCUAAACUUUUUUUCUUUUUGUUUUUGACAUGUUAAUAACUUGUAUAGAUACACUCUUUUGCAGUGUAGGUGCUCUCUCUUGGACUAGGUCUGUAAAUUUAACGUUAAACCCGGGCAAACAUCCAAACCUGCAUGUGUAGUUAGGCCUGUCACGAUAAUUUCUGCAUCGACUAAAGCUGGAACAAUACAUUUUUGGGGUCAAUAUUUAUCAAAUGUAUGAAAUUUUUGGUUGUUUUUUUAGCUAUACAAUAAGAUUUGAGGUAUAAAGACUGAAUUUAUAACUUCUACGAUUCAAAACAGAUGCAAACUAAGAACUGAAAUGCUUUGUUCUGCUGUUUAUUUACUGCAGCUCAUGAAAAAUAUUGUAGAUUUUGAUUUAUUUAGGUACUCCUCUUGGGUUUUUUGUCUCAGUGGCAUAAAUUAGUUUCAAUAUCACAAUAUAUUGGUCUUUAAAAGUUAUUAUCAUGACGGGUCUAUGUGUAGUUUGAAUAAGCUUUGAUCGCAUGAACGAAAACGAAGGAGAAGUGUUGAGAUUGUGUUCUGUCUUAUUUUCGUAAUAAAACGUUUUGCUGUU